GGCUCUCGCGCUCUCUCUCUCCAGCUCUUUCCCGGCAGAUCAGGAGACUUCGGCUCCGCUCGGAGAAACAGCACAGGACUUUAUGGUGGAAAACCGUUUCAUAGUUUUACCUUUUUCUAGGGACCGGCUGUAUGAUUAAGCUACAAUCUUCAAUGAGUAAGCAUAUCCCACAGUUCUGUGGUGUUCUGGGUCACACAUUUAUGGAGUUUCUGAAGGGCAGUGGGGACUACUGCCAGGCUCAGCACGCUGCCUAUGCAGACGAGUGAACAGCCAAACUCGCCAUCGAUCCGACGCACUUGAGCCACAGGAGGGACCCCGGAAAGUUGGCAGGACCGGGACUCCUCCCAGAACCAGCGAUAACUCGGCCUGGAUGGGGUAACUCCACCUGCUGCACACUGCCCUCGUCGGCUUCCGCCUGGCCAGAAUCAAGGUGGAACCAGCCUUGGUUUUUUUUUUCUUCCUUUUCUUUUGUUUUAUUCCAAAGGAGAGGGUUUGAGUUACUUCUCCAAUUGUCCGCCCUUCCCGGCUGCCAACUUCCCAAAUUUGCCUGUUACUGUUCUUUUUGGGGGGGUUGUUUUUAUUUUGUUUUGACACUUAGCCUUGCCAACCUCGAAGAAGACUGGAGGAUUUUUUUCUUUCGGAGUUCCUCAAAACUUGUUGGACAUUUGUUUGACAUUCCCUCCGAGUUUAACUGUUUACAUUAGUGUUUACUCUGUGGAAGACAUUUUAGUUUUGUUAUACAUUUUUUUUUCUCGCAUUGUCACGAUGGCUCGAAUGAACAGACCAGCCCCUGUGGAGAUUACCUACAAAAACAUGCGGUUCCUCAUUACCCACAAUCCCACCAACGCCACCCUGAACAAGUUCAUAGAGGAGUUGAAAAAAUAUGGAGUCACCACAGUUGUGAGAGUUUGUGAGGCCACCUAUGAUGCCACCCUGGUGGUGAAAGAGGGAAUCCAGGUUCUGGAUUGGCCGUUCGACGAUGGAGCUCCUCCCUCCAAUCAGAUCGUGGAUGAUUGGCUGAACCUGCUGAAGCUGAAGUUCAGGGAGGAGCCCGGCUGCUGCAUCGCUGUGCACUGUGUAGCAGGGCUGGGGAGAGCUCCUGUUCUGGUGGCACUCGCUUUGAUUGAAUGUGGGAUGAAGUAUGAAGAUGCUGUCCAGUUCAUUCGACAGAAGCGCAGAGGAGCAUUCAACAGCAAGCAGCUGAUCUACCUGGAGAAAUAUCGUCCAAAGAUGCGCCUGCGUUUCAAAGAUUCUAACGGCCAUCGCAAUAACUGCUGCAUCCAAUAGAGCCAAACAUUGAGCCACGCCAACCCCUCCCCAACCUACCCUCCAACACAGAAGAGUUUAAUUAAACCUUGCUAGCUUAUAACCUGGCAGGCUUCCUUUUUUUUCUUUCUUUCUUUUUGUUUUUCUUCAUUGUGUUGAAGUAUUUUAAUUUGGAAAACCAUGCUUGGUAAAUGAAAUUUCCCCCUCCCCUUCUAGUUUCAAAAUUAAAUGUCAAAAAAAAUGAAAAACAAGAGUUGUGUGAACAGAGUUUUUUCUUCAUGUGCCCAGAAAAAAAAAUAGGAAGAGUCGUGUAUCAUUGUAAGAUGUUGGAUUAACUGUUUUCUGCAAAUGCAUCCCAAAGAUUUGGAUUGGCCCGUGCAUUCACAUUGCCUGAAAAUGUGUUCAAAAAAAAAAAAAGAAAAGUAAAUAGGAAAAAGAAAUGUUUUCUUGAUGUGAACAAUUAUGUGUACCCUGUUCAAUUUUAGGAUUCAGUUUCAAGACUGACUAGAAAGAGGUAUGCCUUUCUUCAAAUCAGAUGGAUCAUCCAUAAAUGCCUUACAAUCGGAAGUGGAACAAAGGCAAUCGAGCGGGAGUCGGCUCCUGUUGGCAUUUGGAAAAGGUGUUUCAUUUUUCUACUUGGAACAAAAAAAAAACCCUAAACUGUUGCCUUUGUCUUGUGCAGGAAGUCUUACACACACUUAUGCCCUUUCAGUAACUAUUUUUUAUUAUAAAUGCUUAACUGUUGCAAUAUUUGUCAAUUGAAAGUCUAGGAACUUUUUAGUCUUUAUCAGACCUUCUGUUUACUUAUUAACUGCCAUGUUAAAAUAAAAAUGUGAUCUUUUUCAUUUUUCCUUUUUUUUUUCUUUUGGUUUAUUUUUGUUUAGUUUUGUUUGUGUGUGUGUGUGCGCUUCAAACUGGACUUCCAACAUCUGCAAUAUUUUGUAUGCCUUUUUAUUUGAUGUCCAUAACUUAAGACUUGGAUACUUGAUGAUUUUAUGUAUUUGAAAAUGUGUACUAUUAUUAUUAGGUUGGCUAUUUAUACUAUCAAUGGAUGUGUGAUUUAGUACAGUGAGCAAAAAAGUUUUACCUGUUCACCAACUUGUGAGAGUACAUUAAAUGAUACACUGAAAAAAA